AUUUGCUGUUUACACUAAACAACAAUGGCCGCCCACCGGCUAUCAGAUGCUGUAAAUAAUGUACAAAGGGCAGAUUCAAAUGUUUUAUUUGAGCGUCAUACUAUUGAAGAAAUUCGUAAUUUGGAAAAGAAGACUAGGUCUGACAUAGAAAAAAAGAAAGAGGAUCUUAGGGUGAUGGUGGGAGAAAGAUACAGGGAUCUAAUAGAUGCUGCAGAUACUAUUACAGACAUGAAAAAUAGUGCAGAAAAUGUGAUGAAAUCAAUCUCGCGGAUGGAAGAUUUGUGUUCAUCAAUGCGACAGAAGCACAUGGUCAGAGGUGCAUCCUUUCACAUGAGUGUGAAGAAUGAUUCUGACAAGAAUAGAAAAGAGCUGGAAUUUUAUGGAACAGCUGCUCAAAUCAAAUUACUUAUGGAUAUUCCAGAAAAGAUCUGGAGUAAUGUUGACAGUCAAGAAUAUUUAAAAGCAACCCAGCUGUACUUGUUAGCCAGACACAUCAAUGCCAGUCUCCAUUUGGACACACAGCUUUCAGCUGAUGUUGCCACCUGGUUUCCUGUGUUAACAAGACAAUGGGCAGCCAUAAGCCAUUUUAAAUCAACAAUCCUGCAGGGCUGUCGACAACUUUUAACUGAUACAGAGUCCGAUUUAAGUGAUCAGCAUAUGGCUGAGGUUUUAUGUUCCAUCAUUCUUCUUGAAGACAGCACUCCAAGACAAGUUUUUAAUGAGUUUCUUUUGGCACGAACAAAAGCCUUACAACAAAUUUUACACUCGGGCCAUCAAACUAAUGUGAAGCUACAAGUGAUUGGUGUUGCUAAACUUCUGACCUCAACCUUAAAACAGAUUUACUCUGUUUUCUACAGUGAAGAGUCGCCUACAUCAGAAACAUCCACAUUGACCACUGGACUUCUUUUAACAACAUUGAAUAGGGUUCUGUCUCAACCUGGACAAGGGAUUCUCAAUCUGGAACUGCAUGGAACUAUAUCCUCAAAAUGUUUACCAGCUUCAGUGAAAAAUUUCAAACCACUUAUCAGAACACCAGCCACACAGAUGCAAGUGAAACAAUUAAAGGAAAACUGUCAACAGUGGAUGCACAUAUGCUUGCAAGAUGCACAGGCUGGUGUUGGUAAACUUCUUAAUUACGUUAACACAGUUAAGAGGCUAGCAGAUAUCAGAGAUGAAGUUUGGGGACUUUUGUCCAAAGUUCGUGGUGAAUCUUGUUGGAAGUUAAUUGAUGAAAACAUCCUGACUUUAAGGGUUUGGGAAGAUUUCCUUCAGCCUCUUUUUCUGGAAAGAGUUAAGGCUCUUAUACAGUCUCAGUUAGACACAACAGCUGAUCUGACAAAACGAACAGUUUCCAAAGUAAUGAUGGAGUUGACAUCAGAUAUAAAUGACAGCUCGAUGCAGUGUGAGAGAAAUUUAGCAACAUUUGUCUGGACAGAAAAUGCUGCAGAUCUCAUCAUGUCAGAUAUCUGGCAAACUGCUGCUUCCAAGACUAUUGCUGAUGGCGGUGGUCUUAUUCUUAAAGCAAGAGCAUUCACUCCAGCUGUACAAAAUCUUUGCCACACGGUUGAUGACAAACUAAAAGUUCUGCUUGAAGACACAGAGACCUACAUUAUGGAAGGUGAUACUGAAGACAUUAAGCAGCAGGGAGUAUUCAACAGAUAUGCAGACACUUGUGACAUUCUCAAGUAUUUACAAGUGUCAUGUGUCAAAUGUGUCCAGGAGAUUCUAGACUAUUUGAUAGAACAAUUACAUUUAUGGAAGAAAUCUUUGUCAGUAAUACCAGACCCUCUUACAAAUGAAAUAACUGAAAAUAAGUUAUUGUUGACAGCAAGAACGUCUGCUGCUAUGAGUGAAAUGACCCCACACUUACAAAGGUGUAUUCUGGCAUUACCAGACUGGAAUACACAAUCAUCAUUCAAACUUUCCAAGAAACUUCGCUCACUCAAAUCAUCAGAGUAUCCAGAAUGGCAGUCCUUAAAUACAAAAUUGAGACACUGUCAGAUGCUGGCAUACAAGAUUUGGGUAGAUUACACAGCAGACAGAUAUAUAAGUCAAUUCACAAACAUUGUAAGCAACACAAGUCCUGAUGACAUUCUAUCUCGGUCCACUAAAUGGGAUGAGAUAGACAUAUCAGAAGAAACAGAAGAAGGCAAAAAAUUAUCCUCCAAAAUUUAUGUCCCUAUGCAAGCUUCAUGGCAUAUACAAACACUGCUGUUUAACCUUUGUGAGAAUUUGAACAAGAUAGGAAUACAAGCAUUGCCAUGGUCUGUGGUUAAAGAUUUGUUGGUACUUGUGACUGAUGGUUUGGUAUCAAUUUAUGAAAAACUUAUAGAAGAAAGAAGCAACAAUAAAGUGGCGACACCUUUAAGCCAACAUGAAGUUUUACAAGAACUCUUCAAUUUUAAGUUUAUUUUCUUGGCUAUACCCAGGAGAGAGGAUGAUGAGAUUCAUAAGAAAUACCAACAGCGAUGUCAAGCGAUCAUUGAUCGUUUAGAAGAACUUGUUGAUCCAUUUGACAUGGAUGUGUUCUCCCCUUACAUCCAAGCAAACCUGAACAAACAGAUACAACGAAGUUCUGUGAUAUUUGGUGGCCUUUAUUGCAUGGAUAAACAUGGGCAGGCUUCAAUAGGAUCUAGACCAGUUCUAACAGGGCAAGAGCCACAUAAUGUUCUUCCACUGUCCACAUGUCCUCAUCGGUUUCCUCUACUUCCAUUAAGCUCUCAACAAAGUAGUCGGCCAGCCUUGACCACACAGCCUUUGCCUUCUCAGACAAUAAGUAGGGCACCUGAACAAAGUUCCACCCUAACUUCAGCUGUGGAGGCCACCUUGCCACUUACAACAUCCCAGGCAGAUCUGAGCAGUUCAUUCUAUGAUAAAAUGGAGAAACUUGGGAGCAUGGGCUCCAGGAUUUUUUCAAAUAUCAGUGGCAAGUCUUAAAAUAAGACAAAGAAAGACUGUGGUAUUGAGUGAAGGAAUCUGGCAGACACACUGGGGAAUCUUUUGAUCAACACAUGCCACUUCUUACAGAAAGCUCCUUUACUUGUCUCCUGACGGGAUGCGCACUAAGAUUGGAUUUUGUUGAACCGGGUGUAAAUAGGGGUGAAGUGAAGGAACUGAGGCUACUUAUAAUACUAUCUUUCUUGUUUAGGGUUUGAAACUGCUCAUCAAUAGAAACAUAUGGGUGUACUACACAUUUUUCAACAAGGUGUAGAGAGAAAUGUCAUGUCUUAAUAGUAUAAUUGACUAGACAUUAAGGGCUAUUGUAGAAUUGAAGUAAUGUUGUUUUUACAUCGAUCUUAAGUUACUAUUGAGACACACUAGGUCGAUAUUGAGUUACUAUUGAGACACACUUGGUCGAUCUUGAGUUACUAUUGAGACACACUAGGUCUGCAGAGUAGUAGUGCAUCUUGUCAUGUUGGGGCAGGAGGAGUUUAUCAUUGUCUAGAGAUAGUCUACAGCAUCUUUGAGAUGACAUUUGACACUAAAUGGGGAGCAAGCUGAAGGUAGAGCUAACAUACAUGUUAUAGUUGCACAGAUCUCUCUCUCUCUCUCUCUCUCUCUCUCUUAGUAUAUAUAUAAGUGUAUAUAGAAGUGGUCCGAAGUGGAUGAAAACAGAAUUGUAUUUAUACUGUCCUACAAAAAUUUAUUUUAAUCCUUAAUCCAUGUUUAUAUGUUAACAUUUUUGUUAAACCUAAGACAUGUUAAAGUCUUUUUUUUUUUUAAUGCCAUAACUGACGACUGUAUACAGUAGACUAGCGAGUAGACUCAUAAGGUCAUUACUGGACUUCCAGCUGUAGCGUCUGUCUACCGCAGUAUCUAACACAAGGCCUGCAAAAUCUCUAAUCGAUGCCAUACAUCUACCCUGUAUAGAAGCUAUCGUUUUCCUAUAAUGAAGACUUCUACAUGUGUCUCUAAACUAAUUCUCUACAAGAAUAUUUGACUAUAUUCUGAACACACGAAUGCAGCAUUGAACUUCUGCAGCAGUACAAAUCUUUGUAUUAUUAGUUUUGUGAUAUUUUUUUUCUUUAACUUUUUUUAAACUAUUAAGAAACAAAAUGGUUGAUUUCUUUACUUUGAAUUAUGUUACAUGAUUAUCAUAUGUUCUUAGUAUUUCUCUCAUUGUAAUGGUAGCUCAUAUUUCUAGUGUAUCAGACUUUAUAUCUGUGUGUAUUUAUACGCGUGGGUUACCUUGUAAAUAGUGGUCUAUGUUAUUAAGUGGAAGGACACACAAAGAUUCUAUGUGUGUCUAGGCUUGUGUUGCUAUGUCUGGUGAUUGAGCUCAUUAGACAUAGUGCCCAGACCUUUAUUGUUAUUUUAAAUAAUGAAAAUAAAAUGAUUCUUAUGAAAAGGUA